UAUCACCCAAGUUUCUAUAAACAGAAAGAAACAUUUUAUUAAGCUUAAGAAAAAAAAAAAACUACGAAAUGGCAAAGACCUUCAGCUCCAUCUGCUUCACCACUCUUUUGCUCGUUGUCUUGUUCAUCUCUACCGAAAUCCCGAAGAGCGAGGCUCACUGUGAUCACUUUUUGGGGGAAGCCCCAGUGUACCCAUGUAAGGAAAAAGCUUGUAAAUCCGUAUGUAAGGAGCACUACCACCACGCAUGUAAAGGAGAGUGCGAGUAUCAUGGCCGCGAAGUGCAUUGCCACUGCUACGGUGAUUAUCACUGACGAUUUACUAAUAAACUCUUAUGCAAUAUAAAAAAGAUAAAAUCGUAUCUCUCUCUAUAUAUAUGAUGUAAGUGUAAGUUGUUUGUUUUCAAAUAAAACAAUAGGAAGAAGCUGACGAUUGUUUCCUCCCUAUACGUCUAUAGUAAUAUCAUGUUGUAUCCUGUUUCGUUUUAAGUAAUAAUAAACUUGAUUAUGUUUUGUGUCUA